UGCAAAUGGUUAUUGAGCCUCAGAAGUAAGCCCUGCUGAUCUACUUCCAAAAAAUCAGUCUUUGAAAACCUUGUGGAGCAUAGUUCUGCUCUGACACACACGAACGAGGUCCACAUGAGUCGGAAUCAACUUCACGGUAACAGGUACUUGUUUCCUGGUAGCAUUGUUCUGCAGAAGAGUUGAGAGGAUUUCAAAUAAGGCAUGGAAGGUACUUUGUUGUUGUCGCUGUUGUUAGGUGCCACUGAGUCCAUUUUCAACUCCUAUCGAUCCCAUGUGACAGAGUAGAACUACUCCGUAUAGUCUUCUAGGGUGUAAUCUGUACAUUAGCAGAUUUUCAGGUCUUUCGCCAGCAGAGCUACUGGGUGGCUUUGAACUGCCAGCCUUCCAGUUAGUAAUCCAAUGCUAAACCAUUGUACCACCUGGGUCAGAACACGCAAUAUUCUAAGUUAUCAGAACAGGUCUUUGGAUGUUCGGAGACUGUUCAGAAAUAAAAACAAACAAGCAAAAAGAUAUAAUUCCAUCUGGUGUUUAUGUGCAUGACCCAUAAUCCCAGAGUAUUUAACUUCCAGCGUAGAGCAGGGACAGGGAGAGAGAACUGGAGAUACCUAAUUGAUAAGACUUGCAUCUGUUUCAUGCUGCAUAAAUAAACACCUAACUCAAAUUUCUUCUUCUCUUCCUGCGUAGAUUUCCCAGAGAAAAAUGGCAGCAGGAAAUCACUCCACGGUGACCAAGUUCAUCCUUGCUGGGCUAACAGACAAACCAGAGCUCCAGCUGCCCCUCUUUCUUUUCUUCCCAGGAGCCUAUGUGGUCACAGUGGUGGGGAACCUGGGCAUGAUUACACUGAUUGGGCUCAGUUCUCACCUGCACACCCCCAUGUACUAUUUCCUCAGCAGUUUGUCCUUCAUUGAUCUCUGCUAUUCCACUGUCAUUACCCCCAAAAUGCUGGUGAACUUUGUGACCGAGAAGAACAGCAUCUCCUACCCUGAAUGCCUGACUCAGCUCUACUUCUUCAUUUUUUUUAUUGUAUCAGAAUGUCAUAUGUUAGGUGUUAUGGCUUAUGAUCCUUAUGUUGCCAUCUGUAAUCCAUUGCUUUACAGAGUCACCAUGUCUUAUCAGGUCUGCUCCCGGUUGGUAGUUGAGGUGUACAUGAUGGGCUUGAUUAGUGCCACAGCUCACACAGGUUGCAUGCUAAGAGUGGUUUUCUGCAAGGCUAAAAUAAUCAACCAUUACUUCUGUGAUGUUCUCCCACUACUGGAGCUCUCCUGCUCCAGCACUUAUAUCAAUGUAGUGGUACUUUUGUGCUUCAGUGCGUUUAAUACUCUUGCACCAACCUUGACUGUCCUCGGCUCCUAUGCCUCCAUCAUUGCCAGCAUCCUGCAAAUUAGCUCCACUGAAGGCAGGUCCAAAGCCUUCAGGACAUGUAGCUCCCACAUUUUGGCUGUUACAGUCUUCUAUGGUUCUGUAACAUUCAUGUACCUGCAGCCAUCAAAUGUCAGCUCCAUGGACCAAAGCAAAGUGUCUUCUCUGUUUUACACCAUUAUUGUGCCAAUGCUGAACCCCCUGAUCUACAGCCUGAGGAAUAAGGAUGUCAAAGUUGCUCUCAAUAAAAUCAUUGAGAAAAGGCUGUUUUGCAUUAACAAAGGUUUAUAAAUCUUGGUAAAUAUUCAGUAUGAAAGAAGCCCAGACACUGCAACAUAGAUACAGAAAUAGUGACAUUCUUGCCAUCACUUGAUUAUUUGGAAGGCAGUUCCCAAGGAUAAGACUGGAUUCAUAGUGUCAUAUGGACAGCUGUCUGUCACAUGGCAGGCAAUGUCAAUUCUAGGAAGGCCCGGAUGUCAC